UGGCAUUCGGGACACUUCUGUUGCUGGCAAUGCGACGGCUCGUUGACUGGUCUGCGUUAUGUGCUUCGGGAGGAACACCCCUUUUGUGUCAAAUGCUUCGAACAGAUCCACGCGAAUGUCUGCGAGGAGUGCACCAAACCCAUCGGUAUCGACACCCGGGACUUGGCUUAUAAGGAGAAGCAUUGGCACGAGACCUGCUUUCUAUGCCAUACGUGCAAGAAAUCACUUGUGGAUCAAAUGUUCGGCUCGAAGACUGAGCGCAUAUAUUGCGCCGACUGUUACGACGUUGAGUUUGCCUCUCAUUGCGACGGUUGUGGAGAGAUAUUCAAAGCCGGGACGAAGAAAAUGGAGUAUAAGGGGAAACAAUGGCACGAAACGUGUUUCACUUGUUUCAAAUGUCAGGCGCCGAUCGGCAACAAG